AUGAAAGGAGCACGGAGUUUAUUUGUUCAAGAAUCACAAAAUCAAACGACAGUAUCAUUAGGUUUGAUUAGUCGAUUAGUGUUAGUCAUUUCACCAUCAUUAUGUCGAUUACAAUCUGUAUGUGAAAUUCAACCUGUACUUGUUGAUAUUGAUACGUCAGGUAAUAUUAUACAAAAAUUAGGUUCAAAUGAUCAACUAUGGCAAGUUGUGGCUAGUAUUAUUGGAUCAUCAGGUAUAAGUGUUAUUGGUGUUAUAGCUAAUUAUUCAAAUGGACAAACACAAUUUACAUCAUUUGCUGCUGUUUCACUAUAUACUUUAUUACAAUAUCAAAGUACUGGUUCAUUAAUAACAACAUCGUCAUCAAGAAUUAUUGUUGAUCCAAUGGAAGAUACAAUAACAGCUAUAAAUUUAGCAAUCAAUUAUUCAAAUUAUAUUUUAGUUAAAGAAAAUUCAACUGUUCUUGAAGUUUAUACCGAUUUUCUACCAUCGAAUCUAACUUAUGAAGGUGAUUGUGAUUCAUUGGUAGCAAAUGAUCAACUUGAACCUUUACGAUGCACAAUUUAUAAUGAUUUAGUUUUUAUCACUAAAAUGCCUGUUAGUAGUGAUAUUGUUCUAAGAAAAGGUUGUAUUCAAGUUGGUUUAACCUUUGCCGCUAAUACUAUUAGUGCAGCACAGAAUAUAGCGAACGGCGCUCUUAUGCUUUUGGCAAAUCCAAAUGCUAUAGCUGGUGUACGAUUUGCAUCAGUGAAUGUUAAUGGUCAAUCAUAUGUUGUUUCAUCAAGAUCAAGUUUCGAUAGUAGCGAUGGAGGAAGUGAUAUAGGAUUAAUUGUUGGUCCUGUCAUGGGUCUUAUUGGUGGUACUAUUGUUAUUGUUGGUUUAGUUUUUGUAAGUCCGUUUUCGAAUCAACCAGAGGAAACUAGUGAACAUAGAGCAAAUGCACCAAAAUCAGUAAAUGAUGCUACUCAUCCAAUACGACGUGCAUCUGUUACACUACAAACUGUAUCGAAUUUCGAUGAUAAUCAACUUCAUUCACCAUUAUCAAAUGACAAACAUGAACGUGUUCCAUUAGCUGCAAUUAGUAUUAAUAUGAUUAAUCAUAUGAGCCCAAAUAGUCAAGAAUUUUCAUGUAACUCAUUGCCACCGGUCGAAUUUAUAAGAUUUGACUAG